AUGUCUUCUCCUUCUUCUACUUCUCUUUCAACAAAGAGAAAGAAAGCAACCACCACUCAGUCCUCAAAAAGCAUAUGCGGUAUAUGCUUUGAUUCUGUAAGAGUCUCUAAAAUCUUCACAAACACUUCAUGCAACCAUCCCUUUUGUACUAACUGCAUAUCCAAGUAUGUCAAACUUCAAAGAAAAGACAAAGCGGUGAAACUCUACUGUCCAGAUCCACAAUGUUCUUUGAAACUCAAACCACAACAUUUGCAAUCCAUUUUACCUAAAGAGCUUAUUGUUGAAUGGGAAUCUGCAAUUUAUGAGUCUUCGAUUUCUUUGAAGCAAAAGAUUUACUGUCCUUAUAAGAAUUGUUCUCUUAUGAUGGUGAACGACGGGGUAGAAGUUGUUACAAGUUGUGAAUGUCCUUCUUGUCAUAGGCUAUUCUGUGCACAGUGUAAGGUUCCAUGGCACGCAGACAUGAGUUGCCGGAGAUUUCAGAAGUCGACAAAGGGUCAACAUGAAAAACAAUUGGAUGAGAAAUUUAUGGAAUUGGCUAAAAGAAAAAAGUGGCAGAAAUGUCCCAAAUGUUCUAUGCAUGUUCAGAGAAAUGGUGGAUGUGAACACAUAGCGUGCAGGUGUGGAUGUAACUUCUGCUACAAGUGUGGUAAGGAUUGGAUUCAUGGACAUAUAUGCAAAUAUUCGCGGUAA